GGACAUACAUCAACUUCUUGUGGUUACUUUGUGCACAUGUCAUUUAGCGAGCUUUUGUGUGUGUCUGAGAACAACAGGUGAGAGACAAUAUUUUAUAAACUGGUUUGGUCCGUUAUAAACGUCGAUUUGAUCACACUUCCAGGGAAAACUCUUACAUGCGAAAUACAGAUUGGUCCUGUUUAGAUUUUUUUAAGCGCUCGUAAAACGAAAAAAAAAUAUGAUUAGAUGGAUGAAGUUGCUCUUGGUUGGCGAUGUAAGAAUAAACUUAGUCAAGCCCGUUAGUUAUAUUAACAUGCAUAUUCUCUUCACACUUCUUCAUAUAUUUCUUUAGAAACUAUCAGGAGAAUUUGUUUCACUAUCAUUUCUUUUAUUCUCACGUCUUUCUUGCUUGAUCAACCAAUGAAAUAAUAAGGAGAAAUUCGAUGUUGGUCACUUUUGAGACCGAAAGGGUAACUGAUGAAGAACUGCAAUUAGUGGACACAGGAAUAACCAAGGAAAAUGAGCGUUUUUUGUCAUUGGUUAAUGAACCAAAGCUUUUCCAAUUGUUCACGAAAUACUACGAGUUCUCCCUGCGACCUGCUUUCAUGAAUGAUUAAACAAAUUCAAUUAACUACUGGUGCCUCGACAUCUUUCGCAAAUAACAUUUGUUCCGUAAAUGCAUACCUGAUCUUUUAUUUUACGUGAAAAUAUCGAAUUCCUGUGUCUUAUAUGUACCAGUUCAACGAGAACGUAGAUUAAUUCACCAAUUUCAAACUAAUGCUUUAUCUGUAGAGUUCCUGCAGAGCACACUCCAUUCGUUGAGAACUUUAGAUAUGAUUAGUUAUCUCAUUCUGUAAUAACACAAUAAAGACAAUUUCUUCUGGGAGCCCGAAAAAAAUAGAUUUUAAAUUUCACAGGAAUUUUGACAACAGAUAAAAUUCAUUUUCUUUGGUGUUACUACAAAUCACUAAUUACAUCUAUGGCUUAAAGGAAUGUAAUAUGCUUUAAAUUAUUCUGGUAGAGUCGGAGCUCUCUUUGCGACCACUCUAGUAAGCGACCAGCUCUAGUUACGACCACCCUAAACUUGUAAAGAAAAGCUCUCUUAAGUAACCGCGAACCCUUUUGGGAUUACCCAACUGGAUUUUUUCUUUGUUUUGAAGCUCUCGCAAGCGACCACUUAGACGCGAUAAGACAGGAGCUGUAAUAAACGGCUUCAAAAUCUUCUGGUGUAGAUAAUCUCAUUUUGCACUAAUAUUUAGAAUAUUUAGGAUUAUUUUGGUCUAAAUAAUUGGGCGUAAAGUUUAGCCGUGUCUAUAUCAAAUAUAAAGACACUCAUUAAACUUAUGAAAUUUCUUUUGUUUUCCUUAUAAAUUAUUUAUGAGUUUCUGAAGCUCUUGUUAGCGACCACCCUCUAUUAGGGACCUUAAGCAAAGACGACGACGACGGCAGUGAAAAUGUCGCUGAAAAAAUGAAUUUGCGCUCUUUCAAACUUAAUCGCGUCUAUUUGGCCCCGCUCAAUAUGUCAAAUGCAGGCGACUUUUCCUGGAGUUGAAUUCUUAAGGAUCUUAUUCAAGUUCGAAAAGAGGAAGGAAAAUCCGUCGUCGUAUGUCCACGUCCUCCAUAAAACGUCAAAUUAUGAGGUUUCACGUCGUAGUCGUGCAGUGGACGUCAAAGAAAUGUACUAAAAAGUGUGAUGCACGUGCAGAGCUGUUGUUUUGAUCAUUAAACAUAUUGUUUUUUGAAGUCGUCGUCGUCGUAGUAGUUGUUUAAGCUCCCUAUUGUUUCACCAUGCAGUAGCUUACGAGAGCUCAUUCUCGUAAGCUCUAGUUACGACCAUUUUCUCGAAUUUCCGAGGUGGUCGCUUACGAGAGCUUCGACUGUACAAGGUUUCUGUCUUCUGAAAACUAAAAAACUGUUUGAUGGGUUUAGUCUUAAUUUAGUUUUUUAAUUGAUCUUUCAAUUUUUUAUUUUUCAGUUUCAUGUUUUAUUUUCUUCCAUAUUUAGCUACGUGUGGUAGGAGACCAAAGUGGGCCGAAGAAGACAACAGCAAGAGGAUCACAGGCGGCCAAGAAGCCAAACCCGGCAGCUGGCCCUGGAUGACAAACAUCUUUAUAACGGGGCUUGGAGAGUAUUUCAAAUGUGGUGCCGCUCUUAUUUCGGACCGCUGGGUCCUCACAGCCGCCCACUGUACCAUCGCCAAUGUUGGGCCAAUGAUUGCACCUGCUAGUAAAUACCCAGAAAUGUUGAAGGUAACAUCUCAGCGUCUUAUUUUCUCCGCUUUCGAAUCAAAGCAGUAGACCACCUAGAUCGUUCAACUGCUAUAAGAGAUUUAGGCCUGGUUCAGACGCCGUACUCUUCAUGUGCCGAACCUAAUUGAAUAAGCUCGACUUUGGAGCGACACUGGCACGACAUCUGAUUCAGACAACGCACCGUGUGUCGAGCCUAAGUUAAGUUCGACAAAAGUUCGACAGACUCUGUCGAACUUUACGCUUUUGCCGCACCAAACUAAAACUGCCAUACCAAAUUGAUUCAGACGCCGCUCUUUGCCGUACUUAAUUCAUCAGUUAGGUUCGGCACAUGAGUGAAGCGGCGUCUGAACCGGGCCUUAGACUCGUGUUUACGGCAAACGGCAAACGUCAGAUUCAAGUUGAAAAUUUCUCAAAAUAGAAAAUGAGCGGAUUAAAACAGUGCGUCCAAUGCAGUUCUAGUGGAUAAAACUAGCAUGCCAAACUGCAAGUAUUUGUGUAGAAGAAAUGAACAGUAAACGACAAGAAAAGAAAAAAACUUGGUCACGUGGUACAAAUCGAAGUUUGCCGUUUGCCGUAAACGCGAUUCUAAAUCUAAAGAAGCUGCAGCUUUACUGUUUUUCAAAGUUCAAUUUUGGCAUUUGAAACGCUUGAUAUAAUGCUUUGGGAGAGGUAUUUGUUUGAUAUAUGAAGCUGUGAUUUUGUUACUUACAAGUAAAUUCCUUGCUAACGUAACGUUUCUUCAGUGAUUUUGUUACAAAUUGUUAUGGUGAGUCCUAGGACUCAUCUUGUGGAAAAUCAUGAGUCCCAGUCCAGAACCGCUGAGUCCCAGUUCAAAAAACAGUAAGUCCUAAACUGAAAAUGCUUGGGCCUUUAUGUGACCAGACAGAUAAAAGAUAUUCUUUUGUAAAGCACAACGAAGAAUAAAAGAAAUUAAUAUGCGUCGUUAAACAACAGCCACAAGAACAGCCACAGAAAUCACACGCACAGGAUAUUCUACAAAAACUUCUUCAGAUCGAUCGAUCGAUCGAUCGAUCGAUGUUUGCGUCCUACGGGACGCGUGCGAUGAACUUUUGUGCAUCUUUGGGGAUUUUAUGCGUCAGGGACGCAAAACAAGGAGGUAACAAAAUCACUGUUCCUUAGCGAAUAAAAACGCGUUCAGUUGCGCGGCAAUAUUAACCCAGUGGACUAGACAGCCCUGACAUAGCUCCUUCGAAACUUAAACGGGAAGCCGAAGUAGUGUAGCCUGUGUACAGCCGCCUGCACGUACAGAAUGUCUGCCCAUUUUCUUCCGCAAUGAUCUUUCCUGUUGGUUGACUUUUAGCUAAUGUUUUACUUUACAAUGAAAAUAAAAAAAGAUCUGUUACGGCCCUAAAGUGCCUUUUCAGCCUUUUUCAUCACAAUACACACCAAAACAGCCCCAGCAAAAGCCUAUUCCAGCUCACGUUGAGACUCAUUUCAGCCCUUGGGUCCAAAUUAGCCCUAGGUAUAUUGGACUGUAUAGGCCCUGGUUAAGGGAGCCACGUAAGACCCCAAAAAUAGGACUAUAUUUAACUAAGAGAUUCUCUCUUGAUUUUUCUCACCCAUGCAGCCCAAUUUAUAGGGCUAAAAUAGAUCUCUCUAAUUAACAGUGUAUUUGUUUGAAAUAAGCGCUAGAUACGUCUUUUAGAUUGUAAAUAUGCUCUCCGUCUUUGUACAACAGCUGGGUUUGUUGACUAGUAAUUCCAGUAAAACCGUUUAAGGUCAAACGGAAUGAUGUUCGGUAUUAGAACAUGAAAAUGAUUUUUAAAAAUACAAGGCGACUUAAGCUAAAGAUAAGCUAGAAAUCAUUCAGAUUGCUGAACAUUAAUAAUGUUCUGCAAUCUGAAUGAAUGUUACCUCAUCCCUAGUGAAUACGUCAAACAACAACCAAAACAGUCGCAAACUAAGAUUAUUAGGUAGCAGGAAUUUAAACACCGUUUUGUUUAAAGUAACAGAAUCCUAGUUACUCGCGGUAAUGUACAAAGAUGAGCUAGAAAUUAUUCAGAUUGCUGAACAUUAAUAAUGUUCUGCAAACUGAAUGAUUUUAAGCUCACUUAUAAUGAUUAAAACAAAAAUCAAAACAGUCGCAAAACUAAUAUUAUUAGGUUAACCAGAAUCCUACAGUUAUUCAAGGAAAUGUACGCAGUGCUUUUUAUUUUAAGAUACGCGUUGGCGAGCAUAACAUGGACCAGGAGGAAGGAGAGGAGCAAGAUAUAACAGUGAAAAAGGUGUUUUUACACCCCAAAUGGGAUAUACGGAAUGAAACCACGCCAAAUGGACAAAAGAUUCUAACCACACACGACAUUGCCUUGAUAGAACUUAGCAGACCAGUUCAGUUUACCUCUAAAGUGCGGAGCAUGUGUCUGGACAAUGGACAACCAUUCAAGGCUGGUAAGGCUUACUUUGCUUUUGCAAAGAUCCUUUGACAAUGAUACACUGUAGUAACGUUACGUUGGCGAAACCACUCAUCACCAGAAUCAUGAAGACUUUCAUUAUAGCGACAUUAUUUAAACACUGUUAAAGGGUCCCUCUAUUUUUUUGGAACGAAAUACUAACAGGCUACUCCCCGCCGUUAUAAAAGCUCCACGCAUUCUAAAGCUACAUUAAAAACUUGCUAAGACAACCAUGAAUGAGGGGAAAGGUGGUGGUAAUGGGAGGAGAGAGAAGAAUCUCUUUAUUUGAAAGAUUUCCUUCACUUGAGGGACAAUGAAGUUAGGGCAUCAAUUAUUCUGCAACUUGUAGCAGUCUACAAAAAUUGAAAUUUGUUUUCCUACGAAAUGUGUCCGUGCGUUCCGGAUGGAAUUUGAAUUAGGACGUGGUGGUUUUUGAGGAGAGGGGAAAACCGGAGUGCACGGAGAAAAACCUCUUGGAGCAAGCAAGAAAACCAACAACAACUCCAUCCACAUAUGGUGUCGACCCUGCGAUUUGAACCCAGGCCACAAUGGUAGUUGGCGAGUGCUCUCACCACUGCGCCACCCUUGCUCUCCAAACAGCUAACAAGUUCUGUUUUCCUGUAGGUCAACUGUGUUACAUCGCGGGUUGGGGAACAGAGAAGAUCAAAGGACCUCCCACAAGAAUACUGCAUGAAGCUGCUUUACCACUGGUAUCACACCAGCAAUGCAACGAGCCUAAGUCAUACAGUGGUAUCAUUCCUGAGGACAUGAUAUGUGCAGGCUACAAACAAGGGGGUGUGGACACUUGUGAGGGUGACAGUGGGGGUAAGUACAGAUCACAAGAGGCAGAUACCAACGAGGGGUGUGGUCACUAUUGAAAGGCACAGCACGGGCAGGGGGAAACGAAUAGUUGAAAAAGGCACAUAAAUGAUUUCUUUCCUUCUCGUCGAUCUUGAGCUUUUAAGACAUACGAGAACGAGAUUUUCUCAAACUAAGUAGUGCUCGUGCGUGAAUUGGUGGGAAAACGUGAUAGCCGCCGUCAUUCUAUUACGAGUUUUAGCGAAAAAGUCGUAGUGACGGAAACAAGUUACAAAAUGUUAGAAGUUUUAUGAUUUUGCGAUCAGACGAGGGCUUAACCACCUUCAAUAAAAAUAACCGUGUUAACUUUCCUAGCGAAAAAAGGUAAAAAUGAAGCUUUCUGGGGUGUCUAAGAAUUCUCAAAAAAAACUUUAAGUCAUUAAAUCUCGUCCUAGUAGUGGUCCUCGUCUUAAAAGGUCUCUUUUGAGAUGGAAGACCAUGGAAAUUACUUAACGAUCGACUGCCCACUUUGUUUUUCUCUGUCUCUCUUGAGCGAUUUUAAUUUCCAGCCUGAAGUGGUUGUUUAUGUUGUUAUUUAAAAAAAUAGACUGCAAAUUUUGUGUUUACUCUUAUGGAUCAUAGUUUUUGCCAAAUAGUGACCUCAUAUGUGAUCCAUUACUGAACGAACACACAGCAAGACUGAAUCUAUUGAUUAAAUAACCAGUUGAAAACUGCUGUCUAUUUGUUGAAAAUGCAAAGUUGAGAGAGGCGGCUCAAAGAUCAACCAACUCCCCUGUUACACGAUUGAACAACAAACCGUAAAGUAGCUUCGGAUUGAAAGUGACUGGUAAAAAAGAGGCCUUACAAUAACACACGACUGACUGACUCUUCACAGGACCUUUGAUGUGCCAAGGAACAGGGGAAAGAUGGUAUCUUACUGGAGUGGCGUCUUUUGGUCAAACAGGGUGUGGUGUGCCAUACAAGUAUGGAGUGUACACAAGAAUAGUGAAUCAGCUGCAGUGGAUUAGGGAGGUUACUGGAAUGAAUAUACCACAAGCACCGCCAAAUGACCCCAUGCCUUUCAUGACAGAACAGAACACUUGGUGGGACCGAUAA